AUGGCAUCAAAGCGAAAGGCGGCAGGUGCGAGUGGCCGACCAUCAAAACGAGUGGCAUCAGGCGUCAGUACACCUGUAAGCAUCGACAGCGACGACGACUACGAUAGCGAUAGCGUGGAUACCGAUGAAGAUCUUUCUAUCGGCCCCAACAGCGCCGCGCCCCGGAAGUUCGACAAAGUCGUAGACAAAUACACUCCCUCCGCCUAUGUCAAGAAGAACACCAAGGCAGUCCACGAUGUCGCCGACAGCCUCUUCCGUGCCGAUCGUGACUUCUCCGACCUCCAGCUCAAACCUGAUCAUCGCUUGCGGCCGCUAUGGCUUGAUCAUAUCAAGGGAAGGGUGGUACUGGAGACCUUCUCGCCGAGUUUCAAACAAGCACAAAACUUCCUCAUCAAUAUCGCCGAGCCGCAGAGUCGGACGAAUAAUAUGCAUGAGUAUACCAUCACCGCGCAUAGUCUCUUCGCCGCUGUAUCGGUAGGUCUGACGGAGCAGGAUAUUGUGAGGCAGUUGGAACUCUUCUCGAAGACGAGACUGCCGGAAAGUAUCAUCGAAUAUGUGCACAAGGUCACCAGGUCGUUUGGUAAGGUGCGGUUAGUGCUCAAGCAUAAUCGAUACUUCGUGGAGAGCAACGAUGCUUCUGUAUUGCAGAUGCUACUUCGCGACCCGGUCAUAGCAGGAUGUCGAGUGGAGGAAACGGCUGAGCUGCUGACCGAGAAGGCGACAAAGAUGGGGAGCUUGGUCAUUCCCGGCACGAAAGAAGCGCAGGGAAAUAAAGAGGCCCAAGCACGUCUGGAGCAGCAGCAACAGCAGAAACGGCAGCGACAUGACAACUCGGACUCGGAGUCUGAUGAUGAGUUUGGUGGGCGAGAGGCGGAGAAGGACAUGACUGAGUUCUUGCGAGAAGAGGAUGAUGACGACGACGAGGUCGACCAGGUCCACUCUUUCGAGAUUGAUGGAGGCAAGAUUCAGACGGUGCAAGAGCAUUGUAACGUCCAGCUCGAGCUGCCCUUGACAGAAGAGUAUGAUUUCCGGGCGGACGAGCAGAACGCCACUCUGGACAUUGAUCUCAAACCAGCAACGCAAAUUCGAUACUACCAGGAACAUGCCCUCAGCAAGAUGUUCGGUAACGGUCGUGCACGAUCUGGCAUCAUCGUGCUACCAUGCGGUGCCGGCAAAACCCUUGUCGGCAUUACAGCUGCUUGUACAGAGAAGAAGAGCGUGAUUGUCCUCUGCACAUCCGCCACCAGCGCCGGCCAAUGGCGAGCCGAGUUCAUCAAAUGGUCUAACAUUAAUCCAGACGAUGUGAUCAUCUUCACAUCGAGCGAGAAGGGUCGCGUGCCGAAUCGCGCCUGCAUCAUCGUCUGCACGUACAGCAUGGUAACCCAGAACACCCGCCGCGCCUAUGACAGCCAACAAACCAUGGACCAGAUCACUGGACGAGAAUGGGGCCUCAUGGUUCUGGAUGAAGUCCACGUUGUUCCGGCUGAAAUGUUCCGACGGGUGACAGAGCGUAUCAAGACCCACUCCAAACUCGGUCUCACCGCUACACUGUUGAGAGAAGAUGACAAGAUCAAAGACCUCAACUUCCUCAUCGGACCCAAACUCUACGAAGCCAAUUGGCUCCAGCUCAGCGAGGAGGGGCAUAUUGCUCGUGUGCAAUGCGCGGAAGUCUGGUGUCCGAUGACAAUGGAGUUCCACACCGAAUAUAUCCGCGCCGGGACGACUAACAAACGGAGUCUGCUUUCCAUCAUGAACCCUCGGAAGUUCCAGGCCUGUCAAUUCUUGAUCGACUUUCACGAGCGGAGAGGUGACAAAAUCAUCGUCUUCUCCGAUAACGUCUACGCCCUGAAACAAUACGCGGAGGGCCUCAAGAAACCCUACAUUUUCGGCGACACAGGCCAACGCGAGCGAGAUCUCGUUCUCCAAAACUUCCAGUUCAACGACGCCGUCAGCACCAUCUUCCUCUCCAAAAUCGGCGACACUUCUCUCGAUCUCCCGGAAGCUACUUGUCUUAUUCAAAUCUCCUCACACUACGGUUCCCGCCGCCAGGAAGCGCAACGACUCGGCCGAAUCCUGCGAGCCAAACGCCGGAACGACGAAGGCUUCAACGCCUUCUUCUACAGUCUUGUCAGCAAGGACACGAUGGAAAUGUACUAUUCCAGCAAACGCCAAGCGUUCCUGGUAGAUCAGGGCUACGCUUUCAAAGUCAUCACCCACCUGAACGGGAUAGACAGUAUGCCCGACCUCCGCUUCGCCCAACAAGACGAACGCAUGACCCUCCUCACCGACGUCCUUCUGCAGAGCGAAACGGCGGGAGACGAGGAGAAAAUCGUCGAUGAUCUGUUCUCGGAUCGCGCGACGUUCCGGAAGGCGGGGACUGGGGGUAGGAAGGGGGCGGGGGUCAAGAGGCAGGCGGGCACAUUGGCGAGUCUGGCGGGUGGAGAGGAUAUGGCGUAUUUGGAGUAUCAGAGGGGGAGUCGGAGUAAUAAAGAAUUGGCGAAGCCGAAGAGUGCGUUUUUUGCCAAGGAGGCGAGGGAUCGGGAAAGGAGGAAGAAGGCGCAGAGGGAUAUGCUGGAGUAA